AUGCAGCUCCCCUCCGGCCAAGAAAUCCACGUCGAGGUCCACCCACCAUCCCCCGCCUCUCCCGACGACGUCCCGGUCGUCUUCAUCCACGGCCUCCUCGAGUCCUCCAGGUUCUACCACCCCGUCCUCGCGCAUCUCCCGCAUCGCACGCGCAUCCUCUACGACUACGACGCGCACGGGCGCACGCCCGCGAGCGCCGCCCCCACGCUCGCCUCACUCGCCGCCGAGAUCCCGCAGAUCCUCGCGCAGCUGGGAUACGCGCCCGGCACCGCAGUCGACGUGGUCGCGCACUCGGGCGGGUGCCUCAUCGCGAUGCACCUGGCCUCGUCGCACCGGGUCACUAUCCGCCGCCUCGUCCUGAUGGGCCACGCGCCCCUGCCGAUCCCGCGCGCCGCCCUGCUCGCGAACGCGCAGCUCCUCCGCACGCGCGAAGGCCUCGCGGGCGUCGUCGAGAGGUGGAAGUCCUUCCUCGGGCAGCGCGCGCGCGCGGACCCCCGCAUUCUAGCCGCCCUCGACGCGGAGAAGGCCGCGCACGACCCCGAGGGCGUCACGCGCGUGUGCGCGGCGCUCGCGAAGUUCGAGUUUCGUGCGUUCGCCGGGGACGUGGUGGUGGUCAUGGGGCGGGAGGAUCCGUUCAGGAAUGUCACGGUUUGGGAGGAGUUGCGGAAGAGGGGCGAGGGCGAGGGGCGGGUGAGGCUUUGUGAGAUGGAGUGUGGGCAUUAUUUUGCGUUGGAGGACCCAGAGGGGACGGCGGGGGUGAUUAGGGAGGCGUUGGAGGGGGGGUUGUGAGAUGGGGUUGGGUAUAUGGGGCUCAGGGUUAGCGAUUCCUCGGUUGCUCCGUCUCGGUUACGCUUGUG